AUGGGGUUAAAAGAGAAUGAAUACUUUUAUGAUUGCAUAAGUGAAUUUUUAGAAAUAGCGUUUCAUUGCAUCUUAUAUGUCAGAGGAGUUUAUCCAUCGUGUUUAUUUAGCAGGGUUAUAAAAUAUGAUAUACCCGUACCAUUAUCAAGAUCCGAUACUCUUAACAAAUACAUUUCAAAUUCUAUAGAUAGUUUAAAACCACAAUUUUUAAAAGAUUCAAUAGAAAAAAUAUCAUUAACAAUAUUAAACGAAUUUGAUAAACCAAUAGAAAAUUUUUUUUUCGAAAUUUCAUCCAAUUUAAAUAAUAAUAAUAAUAACAACAACAACAACAACAACAAUAAUAAUAAUAAUAAUAAUGAUGGAGAUAGUUUAAGUGGGGUGACAUGCAGCUACAGCGACAGUAGUCCUUUAAACUUUUAUAUGAAUUUAAAUAAAAAAAUACUAAAUAAUAAUAAUAAUAAUAACAAUAAUAAUAAAAAUAAUAAUAACAUCAAUGACAAUGAUAAUAACCAGAAUAAAAAUAGUAAACCAAAUCUUGCACAAUUGGAAUCAAGUUUUAAAGCAUUUAUUUUAAAAAUAUUAAUGUCAUCAGAUUCAUUUUAUGACCCAUCAAACUAUAGAAAUAUAGAGGAAUCUAGCCAAGAUGGAGAAAAUAAAAAAGAGGAGAUGGGCGAAUCAGAAGAUACCGAUGGAAUAGUAGUGCUCAACUCAAGAAAAAGACAAAAGAAAUUGAAUAAUAGCGAUAGUAAUAAUAACAAUAACAAAAAUAAUAAUAAUAAUUUAAAAUUUACAAUUCAUGUUUAUACAAAAAACAAUUUAAAUUUAGCAAAUCAAAACCCAGCAACUGUAUUAAAUAUAAACCCAUUAGAGAAUCCAAGAUAUAGUAUAAAUAAUCAAACCAAACCAGUUUGGGUUAGUGCAUCAAAAAAUGAAGCAGAAAUUGAUGGUGUGGCGUUACUAAUCCCAUUAAAUUCAAAUAUUUCUGAUGGUAAAAACACCUUAAAAGUUUACACAGAACAAGCAAUAUCAAAAUAA